AUGGAAAACGCACUGGGGAAACUCAACUACUCAAUCGAUGCCUAUCAAGCAAACCAGGUACUUAAGCAGCUGAAAGACCAUGAUGUUGCUCUUAAUUUUUUCUAUUGGUUGAAAAGACAACCGGGAUUCAAGCAUGAUGGGCACACCUACACCACCAUGGUUGGCAUCCUUGGCCGUGCCAGGAAAUUCAGGGAAAUAAACAAGUUGCUUGACCAGAUGGUCAUGGAUGGAUGUCAGCCAAAUGUUGUGACGUACAACCGUCUUAUUCAUAGUUUUGGUCGGGCAAAUUAUUUGAAUGAAGCUGUUGAUGUUUUCAACCAGAUGCAAGAAGUAGGGUGUCAACCUGACCGUGUCACGUAUUGCACACUCAUUGAUAUCCACGCAAAAGCUGGGUAUCUUGAUGUUGCCAUGGACAUGUAUCAGAGGAUGCAAGAGGCUGGGCUUUCUCCAGACACGUUCACUUAUAGUGUCAUCAUCAAUUGCCUUGGCAAAGCAGGCCAUUUAGCCGCCGCCCACAAGCUAUUCUGCGAGAUGAUUAGUCAUGGCUGUGUGCCUAACUUGGUGACUUAUAAUAUUAUGAUUGCCUUGCAUGCCAAAGCGAGGAACUACCUGAGUGCAUUACAGCUUUAUGGUGACAUGCAAAAUGCUGGAUUUGAGCCAGACAAAGUAACUUACAGCAUAGUUAUGGAGGUCCUUGGUCAUUGUGGUUAUCUAGAAGAAGCCGAGGCUCUUUUCUUUGAAAUGCAACAAAAGAACUGGGUUCCUGAUGAGCCUGUAUAUGGUCUUCUGGUGGACUUGUGGGGUAAGGCUGGGAAUGCAGAAAAGGCUUGGGGGUGGUAUCGAGCCAUGCUCGAUUCAGGUUUGUGCCCCAAUGUGCCGACAUGCAACUCCCUGCUCAGUGCUUUCCUUAGGGUACACCGACUGUCUGAUGCAUGUAACUUGUUACAGAGCAUGCUCAAUUUGGGUCUACACCCAUCUUUGCAAACUUACACCUUGCUCCUCAGUUGUUGUACGGAGUCCCAAACAUCAUAUGACAUGGUAUUUUGUUGUGAGCUUAUGGCAGUCACUGGCCACCCAGCACAUGCAUUCCUACUAUCCAUGCCAGCAGCAGGACCUGAUGGCCAGAACGUGAGAGAUCAUGUCAGCAACUUCUUAGACCUUAUGCACAGUGAAGAUAGAGAGAGCAAGAGGGGACUUGUGGACUCAGUGGUCGAUUUUCUUCAUAAGACGGGGCUCAAGGAGGAAGCUGGAUCUGUUUGGGAGGUGGCUGCUCAGAAGAAUGUUUAUCCAGACGCAGUUAAAGAGAAAAGCUCGUCUUAUUGGCUUAUAAACCUCCACGUUAUGUCAGAUGGAACUGCCGUAACUGCUCUAUCUAGGACGCUCGCCAGGUUUCGCCAACGGAUACUUGUGUCAGGGAUUUGUCCCAACCGCAUUGAUAUUGUGACAGGAUGGGGGCGAAGGAGUCGGGUGACGGGAUCUUCUCUGGUGAGGCAGGCAGUGCAGCAGUUGCUGCACAUUUUCAGCUUUCCUUUUUUCACUGAACAUGGUAAUUCUGGAUGUUUUGUAGGGUGUGGGGAGCCUCUUAAUAGAUGGUUGCUCCAAUCUUAUGUGGAGAGGAUGCAUUUGCUGUAG